AUGGGGAAAUUGAUCAGAAUGGGAACACGGGAGAGGCGGUUACUCCGGCCAAAGCGGCUUCAUUGGAAUCGCCUCUUCUUCCUGUUGGGAAUGUUGAUCAUCGGUUCCACCUACCAGCACCUGAGGAGCCCCCGGGGCCUCCCCUCAUUGUGGGCAGCAGUCUCCUCCCAACACCCUGUAAAACUGGCCAGCCGUGACCUCCCUAACAACAAUAUGAUGAUGGUGAGCAGUGACCCUCCAAGAGCUAGCUCUGAAAUGGCGGGUGACACACGGGUGCCCCAAACUACAGUGGGCAGGGGUGAGGCAACACCUGGCAUAACAAUGGAGAAUACCCCCAAUCCACCCAGAAGGACAGCCAACAUCACUCCAACAAUACCCAAGAAUAACCACAGCCUAACAGCUGCAGACACAGAAAGAAUGAAGGAAGACACCACAAUCACACCCAGUAGAGUACUGAAUCACUACACCCCAACUUCAAGCAGGCCAACGGUAAAGAAUCAUACCCCAACAACAUCAGCCAGGGUAGAAAUGCAGAGCUCUCACCCAACUCAGGCUGGGAGAAAGGUGAUGAAAUACACCCCAUCUCCACUUGGUAGACUAGUAAGCACUUAUGUCCCAUCCACACUCAUGACAAUGACAGAGAGCCAUGGGAUCACCCCCAGAACAACAGUGAAAGAGAGUGAAACUAUGACAACCACCAAAAUAUUGGAGACCAACCCUUCUAAGAGAAUAGUAGAGGAAACCACCCCAACUACUCUCAAGGGAAUAAUUAAUAAAACGCCAACUUUCCUGAUAAAUGACAUAGAAACAAACAUCUUGACUUCUCCAAGGAGUAUGACGGAAGAGAACACCCUGACUACCCCCAGAAGAGUGGACAAUAACAGAUUGACUAAGCCCUGGAGGUUAGUGGGAAAGAACAAGCUGACAAUGCCCCUGGGAAUGGGCCUGGAGCACACCACAGCCAUCUCUGAGGGGCAAGUGACAAUACGCACCACCACAGCAGGCAGUGGCCUAACAGAAACCAAAACCUCUACCGCUACUUGGAGUAUUAGUAAUCCCUUAUCUGGAACCAGUGUGUCAACCAACGGAAUGUCCUCCGCCACCUUCCGGGGGCUGGCAAAGAAAUCUUCCAUGGUACCCAGGCCCUCAUCACCCUCCAAGGUCAGGGCAAAUCCAGCCAUCCAGGUCCGUCACUGUGUGUUUGUGGAGCCAGCCCCAGCGGUGCCCCCUGCUCCCUCCCCCAGCCUGACAACAGCUAUGAUCCCAGAGGCACCUAGUUCCAAUCCCUCAGCGCUGCCUCCUGGCUGGCCAGACCUUCACUCCAAGGCAGAGUACCCCCCAGACUUGUUCAGCAUAGAGGAGCGGCGACAGGGCUGGGUGGUCCUGCACAUCUUUGGCAUGAUGUACGUGUUUGUGGCCUUGGCCAUCGUGUGUGACGAGUACUUUGUCCCAGCCCUGGGUGUCAUCACAGAGAAACUGCAGAUCUCAGAUGAUGUGGCAGGUGCCACCUUCAUGGCUGCUGGAGGCUCUGCCCCUGAGCUCUUCACCUCCCUCAUUGGUGUCUUCAUCUCUCACAGCAAUGUGGGCAUUGGUACCAUCGUGGGCUCUGCUGUGUUCAACAUCCUCUUUGUCAUCGGCACCUGUGCCCUCUUCUCCCGGGAGAUCCUCAAUCUCACAUGGUGGCCCUUAUUCCGUGAUGUCUCUUUCUACAUCCUUGACCUGAUAAUGCUCAUUCUCUUCUUCCUGGACAGCCUCAUUACCUGGUGGGAAAGCCUGCUGCUACUGCUGGCCUAUGCUUUAUAUGUGUUCACCAUGAAGUGGAAUAAGCAGCUCGAGGUCUGGGUGAAGGAGCAGCUCAGCAGGAGGCCAGUGGCCAAGGUCAUGGCCCUAGGGGACCUCAGCAAGCCAGGCAAUGGAGCGGCUGCGGUGGAUGAGCUACAGGAAAACGAGAAGCUAAAGGUGGUGCUCCCUGCAAUGCUGACCCGAGCGAGCAGCCCGGCCUCUCUGCACAACAGCAUCAUCCGCGGCCCCAUCUACCAGCUCAUGAUCCACAGCCUGGACCCUCUGAGAGAAGCCCGCCCCUCCAAAGACACGGAGAGCUUGAGUCAGGAGGCCAAAGCCAAGCCUCACGCUAACGCAGAGAACAAACCAGAAGAGGAGGAGCCAGCCCAGCUUCCUGCGGUCACAGCCCCCCCAGCCCCCGCUCCAGAUGUCAAGGGGGAUCAGGAGAAGGAAGACCCCGGCCGUCAGGAAGGAGAUGUGGCUGGAGCUGAGAGCACGGGUGAAGUGAUAGGUGAAGAGGCUGAAACUCCUGAUAGAGGUGAAAACGGACAACAAGGUGGAGAUGAAACUCAACUGGAAGGUGAAGGUGAAAUUGAAGCAGAAGGAGAAGGAGGUGAACAUGAAGAUGAACUCCUAGCAGAAGGAAAAGUAACUGAUGAAGGUGGAGGUGAGCUCCAAGCAGAAGAUGGUGAAAUGAAAGCUGAUGAGGGCGAAAAUGAAGAGCAGGAACUCAGUGCUGAAAGUCAGGGUGAAGCCAAAAGUGAUGAGAAAAGUAGAGAUGGUGAAGGGGGAGGUGAAGGAGGUGGAAGUGAAGAUGAAGACGAGGAGGAAGAUGAGGAGGAAGACGAGGAGGAGGAGGAGGAAGAGGAGGAGGAGGAAGACGAGGCGGCAAAUGAGGAGCCUUUGUCCCUGGAGUGGCCCAAGACCAGGCAGAAGCAGGCCAUUUACCUGUUCCUCCUGCCCAUUGUGUUCCCACUGUGGCUGACCGUGCCCGACGUCCGGAGGCUGGAGUCUAAGAAGUUUUUUGUUCUCACCUUUCUGGGAUCCAUCAUGUGGAUAGCCAUGUUCUCAUACCUCAUGGUAUGGUGGGCUCACCAGGUUGGUGAAACAGUAGGGAUUUCUGAAGAGAUAAUGGGCUUGACGAUCCUAGCGGCAGGCACGUCCAUUCCCGACCUCAUCACCAGUGUGAUUGUUGCUCGGAAAGGCCUGGGAGACAUGGCUGUGUCAAGCUCUGUGGGCAGUAAUAUAUUUGAUAUCACCGUGGGCCUGCCUGUCCCUUGGUUGCUCUUCUCUUUCAUCAAUAAAUUACAGCCUGUUCCAGUCAGCAGCAAUGGCUUGUUUUGUGCAAUUGUUUUGCUUUUUCUCAUGCUCUUGUUUGUGAUCUCUUCGAUUGCAUCGUGCAAAUGGAGAAUGAACAAGAUCCUGGGCUUCACAAUGUUCCUCCUUUACUUUGUAUUCCUGAUAAUCAGCGUGAUGUUAGAAGAUCGAAUCAUUUCCUGUCCUGUAUCUGUCUGAGUCAGAGUCACUGUUGCUCAUAAUGGACAUGGAUCAGAAAACCAUGCCAGAAGCUACUGCACUUGUUGUUACAUUAAUGAAAGAAUGAACAUGGUCCAGGAGAGUGACCGGAGUGGCCAACAACCUCUAAUGGGAAUGUCAUCUGGGACUGAACAUUAUCUUUGGAAACACCAGCAGCUCGUUGUGGAUUAAGAAUCUCACCUCUGGAGGGAUAGAGUUCCUACCCCUGACUGAUGUUGGCAGCUAUCGUGUGGAGGCCAGUAGGAAGGACCUCUGAAGCUAGAGGGUUUUCUGAGAGAGAACUUGGGGGUGAGGGCAGGUGCAGUCACCCAUGCUCACAGUCCCUGAUCAUUCCUGAAGGGCUGCUGAUCCAAAGAUGCAGGUGUGGUCUGCACUGCACCCCCUGGCCCCUGGCCCAAGCACACGCUGCAAUUUGCUGUCCCCUCUUUUCCUGUUUAAAACAUGUUUUUUUUUUUUUUUAAAUCAGGUUUAUAAACAUUACAGGUCCAGUUAUUGGUGGGUUUACAGAACUAAGACUAUAGGAAAAAAAAAAGUAUAACAGGAAUCAAUUAUCAUUACACAUCAUAGUCCAGUAAAAUGUGUACCAGUAUUUUAUAGCUUAAAAGGACUACCUUAGCUCUUAUAGCUGCAUUUCUGAAAACUGAAAUUAAAAUAAGUAGCCCAAGAAAUUAAAAUUUAUACAUCGCCCUUGAAUUGGAAGUAGGGGAGAUAUUAGGGAAGGAAAACUACUCUAAGGGCUAUUUAAACAUAUGUACUUACUAGAAAAUCCAAGUUAGUGUUGUCUCUGCCAAGUGGUCACCUUGAGGGAUUAGACACUCAUACAAAGCUCUCCUGUCUCUGCUCCUCCAGCAUAUUCUCGCCUAACAGUGACAGCCGCUACUAGUAAGAAAAGGAGUCAUUUUAAAAAGAGUCCAAAAUCAGCAGAGCCAAGUCUGGUUUAUAAAGUAAGAGAUCCAGUGGGGUAAUAUUAUUUUUGUGUGUCAACCUAGAGAUAGGAUUAUAAAGCAAGAUGACUGAUUUCCUGUGCGGCUUACAAGUGGAUCUCCAGGCAAUUACAGCGGAGAAAUUCCAAAAAUGCUUAACAUGAUGACAACAUGGUGAGAUAGAGAAUAUUACUGCUUCCAAUAGUUAGUGUAAAGGACUUUUGUGUUUUUAAAAAUUGUGUGGCUAUUUAAAACUUGCAUGUGGAAAUUUGAAGUGCUUGUAUAUUAAACACCACUGCUUGCUGCUUUUACUAACAUUAAGGGACACAUUCGAAAUGAAACAGUGCUAUGUCCCUGGUUUCAGAGCAGAAGGAGCUCAGGUG